AUGAACUUGUCUCUGAAUGACAUUAAACAGGUCAGGAAUACAUUAAAAAGAGCACCGCCACCAAGGGCUCCAGUGAGCCCUUCCACGGAUCAAAAUGGAGGUAACAAUGGUGCUGUAUCGGUGGAAUCUGUCAGACAAAGAUUUGAACAAAAACGAGUACCACCGCAGAAGCUAAAUUCAACCCCAUCACCAAGUCAAGAUCAUGGCAAACCUACAGAGGAAAAGGUUUUAUCUGUAGCAUCGGCAAGAGCAAAGUUUGAACAAAAACCGAAACCUGUUAAUAGGGUUCCUCCUCACUGGAAGCAAAGUGAUGGGAACCAGUCUAAAACAGGCUUACUUAGAUUGGAUACGAACAGUAAUGCCAGUGGGCACAAGAACAUGGAACCACCACGCAAGGAGCUACCUCACGUUUAUAGAAUUGGUGCAGCUCCACCCAAACCUGCCAAACCAAAAAACCUAGGGUUCAUGCUGAGAAAAUACAAGGACAAGAUCGUUUUAUCAAAAUGCUUAACCACUUCGAUUCAGGCAUCCACUAAAGAUGACAAAUAUGAGGACACUGAGGAAAUAUAUGACGACACUGAAGAAUUAUAUGAUGACGUGGAAUCUGUGCAACCAAGGAACGGAGAUGACCAAUCAGAUGACAUUUAUGAAGCUGUUUAGCUUGGGACUUGAAUUGUUUUUACCGUCUUCUAUGUGGCCAGUUGUGGUGGAUGAGGUCAUAGUCAAACUAAAGGAAAACAAUCAAUCUUGAUGAAAAUUUUAUUAGAAUUUAUGCGCUAUUUUGAGAGAAUACUGAAAUGAACUUCAAAUUUAUAGGCUUUGGUUCAUCUCCACCUCAAAUUGUGGGUGAACAUACUGGAGUAAACAAGUAUAAAGACAAAAUGUAUUAUAGAAAUACUGACUGACUGUGCACGAGUUAUUUACCUUAAAACUAUUUUGCUGUUUAAUUUCAUUUUCGAUGUAAAGCUUUCAAACUGGCUAUUAACUAGACUAUAGACA